UCCGCUCUGCCCGUGCCACGUCUCUAUGGCGACCCUAACGGCCGACUGGGUCGCCGAGCGAGAUGAGCGCGGGCGCUGACGGCGGCGGCGCUGCGGCGGCGCUGUCCCGGGAGGGUAGUCCCGUGAAGGAUGGCUUCGUCCCGUCGGCACUGGGGACCCGAGAGCAUUGGGAUGCUGUCUAUGAGAGAGAACUACAAACUUUUCAAGAAUAUGGAGAUACAGGAGAAGUCUGGUUUGGGGAAGAGAGUAUGAAUCGACUAAUAAAGUGGAUGCAGAAACACAAGAUUCCACUGGAUGCUUCAGUGCUUGAUAUUGGAACUGGAAAUGGUGUUUUCCUGGUUGAACUUGUUGCCUGAUACAAAUUUAAAUAAAGCAUUGCCAGCACCAUAGAAUCCUCUUGUGCACAACUUCCACUCAUUCCCUUUAAAAGGUAAGCCACUGUUGUGAUUUAUAUCAUCACAAAUUAACUAUUUUUGGUAUGUAGCAGUUUCUUGCUAGGUUUUUUUUUUUUUAACAUUUAUUUUUUAGUUGUAGUUGGACACAACACCUUUAUUUAUUUAUUUAAUGUGGUGCUGAGGAUUGAACCUAGGGCUUUGCAUGUGGCUAGAUGAGCACUCUACCAUUGGAGCCACAACUCCAGCCCUCUUGCUAGGGUUUAGUUUACAUUUUUCUAAACACCAGAGAUGUUGAACACCUUUUCAGUUGCUUAUUUGCCAACUGGUUAUAAUGACCUUAGUACUGCAAAUGUCUUAUCCAGUCUGUGACUUGCCUUUUCAUCUUUUUACUUAUAGAUUUUUUGUUGUUGUUGUUUGUGUUUUGAGACAGGGUCCAUUUACAUUGCUCAGGCUGGCCUCAAAUUCUUCUCAGACUCUCGGGAUUAUAGGCUAAUAGAAUCUUUUGAUAAACAGGAGUUCUUUGAUUUUAACAAAUGGUUCAGUUUUUUUUUGUCUUUUUUGGUCCUACAAAUGUAACCCAGGGCCUUAUGCAUGCUAGGCAAGUACUCUACCACUGAGCUACAUUCCCAGCCCUAUAUAAUUUUUUGUCAACUGGUGCUUUUGUCUGUUGUUUAAGAAAUAUUUGCCUGCCCAGAAUUCUUAAAAUAUUUUCCUGUUUUCUUAAAAGUUUUUCUUUUUAGCUUUCUUUUUCACAUUUAAUUCCCUCUCAGUUGUUCUGUAUGCUGUGAGGUUUAUUUUUCCCCUAUGAAUAUCCAGAUAAUCCAGCACCAAUUUUUGAAAUACCCUGUUUUUCUACCAAUAUACUGUAGCACUUCUUUCAUAAGUCAAGUAACAGUGUAUGUUUGGGCCUGUUUCUAAAUUCUCUAAUGUCUUCCUUUUUAACCUUAUUCUUAUAUGAUUGCUUCAUUUUUUAAGUCUUCAUACUUGGUUAAUGUAAGAUGUUCAACUUGCAUUUCUUUCCCACUAUUAUGUUGGCUAUUAGAUCUUGGACUUUUCAUUUAAAUUUUAAAGUCAGUUUAUCAUUUCUAGAAAAAAAACAACUGGAUUAAUUGGAAUUGUUGUGCAUAUAUGGAUCAAUUUGAGGAGGCAUGAGGAGGCAUACAUCUUUUUUUUUUUUUUUUACUACUGGGGAUUGAACUCAGAGUGCUUUACCACUAAGAUACAUCACCAACCCCUACCUUUUAAAAAAUUUUGUAUUUUGAAAUAGGGUCUUAUUAACUUGUGAAGGCUGGCCUUAGACUUACAGUCCUCCUGUCUCAGCUUCCCAUGUUGCUGGGAUGAUAGGCAUGUGUGUACCACUAUGCUUAACUGUUCUGUGAACUAUUUUUUUUGUUGCUGGGAAUUGAAUCCAGGGCCUUGUGCAUGUGAGGCAAACACUCUACCAACUGAGCUAUAUGCCCAGGCCCUGUUCUGUGAACACCUAUAGGGAUUCAUGUAAUCACCAGCACAGUCAGGAUACAGAGAACUUCAUCAGAAAAUGCAUAACCACCCGUUCUAUGCUCUUAGCCACUCGUCUGUUCUCAUUAUUUAAGGUUUUGAGAAUGUCCUAUGGAAUGGAAUUAUGUGGUAUAUGAUUCUUUGAGGUAGUCUUUUUUGCUUCAGCAUAAUUCUUUUGAGAGUUGCCCACAUUUUUGCAUGUGUCAAUAGUCUGUAUUCUUCAUUGCUGAGAAGCAUUCUGUUGCGUGGAUGUAUCACAGUUUGUUCAUCUGUUUACUUGUUGGAGGCCAUUAGGGUUGAUGCCAGUUUUUGGUGUCAGUUUUUUAUGUGAACAUAUGUUUAAUUUCUCUAGUAUAAAAUACAUUAAACUUUAUUAUGAACUGCCAAA